GGUUACUUGCGCAAACCCAAGAGCAUGCAUAAACGCUUUUUCGUGCUGAGGGCAGCCAGCGAGUCUGGACCCGCCCGGCUGGAGUAUUACGAGAAUGAGAAGAAAUGGAGACACAAGUCAGGGGCCCCCAAGCGCUCCAUCCCACUAGAAAGCUGCUUCAAUAUCAACAAACGGGCUGACUCCAAGAACAAGCACCUGGUGGCCCUCUACACCAAGGACGAGCACUUUGCCAUUGCAGCUGACAGCGAGCCUGAACAGGAGAGCUGGUAUCAAGCUCUGCUGCAGUUGCACAACAGGGCCAAGGGCCACCACCACCUCCAUCACCAUCACCACCACCACCAUAGCGACGUCACCUUUGGAGGCAGCAACGCGGGGCUGGGGGAAGCAGGUGAGGACAGCUAUGGUGAGGUAGCCCCUGGCCCAGCUUUUAAGGAAGUUUGGCAAGUAAUUCUGAAGCCUAAGGGCCUAGGCCAGACAAAGAACCUGAUUGGCAUCUACCGCCUGUGCCUGACUAACAAGACUAUCAGCUUUGUGAAGCUGAAUUCAGAUGCGGCUGCCGUGGUGCUGCAGCUACUCAAUAUCCGCCGCUGUGGUCACUCUGAGAACUUCUUCUUCAUUGAGGUGGGGCGCUCGGCUGUCACUGGGCCUGGUGAGUUCUGGAUGCAGGUGGAUGACUCAGUGGUGGCGCAGAACAUGCAUGAAACCAUCCUGGAGGCCAUGCGAGCCAUGAGCGAGGAAUUCCGUCCCCGCAGCAAGAGCCAGUCCUCCUCAAACUGUUCCAACCCCAUCUCCGUGCCCCUUCGCAGCAGGCACCAUGUCAACAACCCUCCACCCAGCCAAGUGGGACUCAGUCGCCGGUCCAGGACUGAGAGCGUCACAGCCACCUCUCCCGCCGGUGGUGGGGGCGGAGGUACGGGUGGCAAACCCAGCUCUUUCCGGGUUCGAGGGUGGGUGAGUGGAUCGAGGCCUGCCUCUGUGGAUGGUAGCCCAGUUAGUCCCAGUGCCAACCGGACCCAUUCACAUAGACACCGUGGCAACUCCAGGCUCCAUCCUCCACUCAACCACAGCCGAUCCAUCCCAAUGCCUUCCUCACGCUGCUCUCCUUCAGCCACCAGCCCGGUCAGCCUGUCAUCCAGCAGCACUAGCGGCCACGGCUCCACCUCGGACUGCCUGUUUCCACGAAGGUCUAGUGCUUCGGUUUCUGGCUCCCCUAGCGAUGGUGGAUUUAUUUCUUCUGAUGAGUAUGGUUCCAGCCCGUGUGACUUUCGCAGCUCUUUUCGCAGUGUGACCCCAGAUUCAUUGGGACACACCCCACCAGCUCGUGGCGAUGAAGAGCUCAACUACAUCUGCAUGGGGGGGAAGGCCACCUCCUCUUGCUGCAGCCUGGCAGCCCCCAACGGCCACUUCAUCCCACGUGCCUGCCACCCGCAGCAGCAGCCCCGCUACCCCAGUACGCCGUGCUGUCCUCGAGGUGGUAGCGAGGAGGUUGCUGACUUGGAGAAGGCAUUCAGGAAGAGGACUCACUCUGCAGGCACUUCACCCACCAUCUCUCACCAGAAGACACCUUCACAGUCUUCAGUGGCCUCCAUUGAGGAGUACACGGAGAUGCUGCCUUCUUACCCCUGUGGCAGCAGCCGGCUGCCCUCCUACCGGCACUCAGCCUUUGUGCCCACUCACUCCUACCCAGAGGAGUGUCUGGAGAUGCAUCACCUGGACAGUGGCCAUCAUCGGACCAACUCUGCCCCACACACAGAUGACGGCUACAUGCCCAUGUCACCUGGCGUAGCCCCUGUGCCUAGCGGCGGGGGGCCCCCCAAGGGUGGUGACUACAUGCCCAUGAGUCCUAAGAGUGUGUCGGCCCCACAGCAGAUCAUCAACCCUG